UCAUAAAAAGUUUGAGGUUACUUUUCUUAUUAUUGUUCGACGUGAAAUAAGUGAAUUACAGUUAUUAGACCAAGUACUUACGCUUUUUCACAGAAAUGGGAACCAGAAUGUUGCAGCGUCUGGUGUACCCUACGCUGAUAAAUUAUUUAAAAACAGUUCCUCCUGUCUUUUCAAAAAGUAAUGACAAGAUUAUAGUUUCCAACCUACCAAAUAUUCAUACCACAGCAUUCAGAAAUUAUGCAAAGAGUAAGGAUAAAGGAAAAGACAAAAAAGGAAAAGGUGCAAAAGUUGAAAUUAAUGUCGCUGCUAUAUCAGAAGUUGUUCCAGUGGAUAAAAUGAAAGAUAGAUGCAAUGCAGCUAUUGAUAAAAUGAAGGAAGACUUUGCAAAAAAUCUUUCUCUCCGGUCUACAACGGGCUCUAUUGAAACUUUAAGAAUUAAGUUUGAGGGAAAAGAUUAUGAGUUACAAGAAUUAGCUCAGAUUGUUCGCAAAAAUCCUAAAACUAUGGUCAUAAACUUUGCCUCUUUUCCACAAGCCAUACCAAAUGCUUUGAAAGCUAUUCAAGGAUCUGGACUGAACCUUAAUCCUCAACAGGAUGGCACUACACUGUAUGUUCCUGUACCUAAGGUUACUAAAGAACAUAGGGAGGCACUCGCUAAGAAUGCUAAAGCACUGUACAUCAAGUGUAGAGAUGCUGUCAAAGAUGUGCAAAGUGACUUUAAUAAAAAACUUAAAAAGCAGAAUGGGGUUUCAGAAGACUUAGUAUUUAAUUUGACUAAACAAAUCAAUGCUAUAUGUGAAGAGUACCAGAAUCAAGCAAAGCUUAUUUAUGAUAUGAAACACAAUGAACUUGUUGGAAAAUAGCUUUAAGAUAAAUGCAUUUAAACAUUGUAUAACUUUGAGACUAGAAUAUAAAUCAUUGUUAUAGCUAAUUGAUUAGAUUAUAGAUAAUUAUUAUCAUUUGAAAAUAUAAGCUGGUUUUGUAAA